AUGGACCUAAACAACAGAGCCGAGUCCGGAGACCUCAUCGAGCCAAGUUUUGUUAACGCACCUGGCACUGAAAUCUUGAUGGACGAUGACGGACCAGGUACAUCUGGUAGAUACCUGCACACACUUCAGCAUGCCAAGACUGGCGAUGGCCACAUACUUCUUGUCCCGCAACCAUCACUUACCGAUCCUAACGAUCCUCUCCGAUGGUCAACUCCAUGGAAAUGGACAGUUCUGAUGAACGGAGUCGCCUAUGCAUUCAACGGAGCUGUUACCGGGCCGAUGAUGGCAGGAGGAAUGAUUCAGCUGUCAGAGUUCUUUGGCACAUCGCUUAAAUAUAUAACCUAUGCAAAUGGUGCUACUCUAAUUUGCCAAGGAUUCGGAAAUCUCCUUUGGAUGCCACUUGCUGUCAAGUAUGGUAGACGUCCAGUCUAUCUCGUCUCAAACCUUCUAAUGGGAGUCGCUUGCAUCUGGUUGGCAAUUGCUGCUGAAAAAAAAUAUGUGCCGUUCAUUGUUGGUCGAGCUUUUCUGGGACUAUUUGAAGCUCCCAUCGAGGCAAUUGUACCAAGCACUGUCACUGACAUAUUCUACCUACACGAAAGAGGCGAGAAGAUCUCCAUCUACGGGCUUGGAGUGUUGGGUGGCAAUGAAAUCGGCCCACUUGUCUCGGCUUUUAUCAUACAAACACUGAGUAUGCGCUGGCCUACUUCAUUGUUGCCAUCUCCAUUUUCAUAA